AAGGCGUCUCCCUGGGCAGGCAUGGGCUGCCGGGAUGUUCACGCAGCCACGGUGCUGGCCUUCCUCAGCGGAACAGCCUCAGUAGCGGGGCUCCUCGCGGCCGUUCUGCUGCCCAACUGGAGGCAAAUGCGGCUGUACACGUUCAACAAGAACGAGAAGAAUGUGACAGUUUACACUGGCCUCUGGAUCAAGUGCGCCCGCUUCGACGGGAGCAGGGACUGCGUGAUCUACGACCCGCAGUGGUACACGGCGGUCGAUCAGCUGGACCUGCGCGUUCUGCAGUUCGCCCUCCCGCUGAGCAUGGGCACCGCUGUCUCCGCGCUCUUUCUCUGCCUCGUUGGCAUGUGCAACACGGCGUUUGUGUCGAGCGUGCCAAACCUCAAACUAGCCAGGUGCCUCGUGAACAGCGCGGGCUGCCACCUCGUGGCUGGCCUCCUGUUCCUGCUCGCGUGCGCCAUUUGUCUCACGCCGUCCGUCUGGGUCAUCUUUUAUAACAACUAUCUGAACAGAAAGUAUGAGCCUGUCUUUAGCUUUGACGUCUCUGUAUUUAUUGCUAUUGCCAGUGCGGGUGGCCUGUUUUUCACUUCCAUUAUGCUGUUUCUGUGGUAUUGUGCAUGUAAAAGCUCCCCUUCCCCUUUCUGGCAGCCCCUCUACCCGCACGCCCCCAGCAUGCACAGCUACGCCGCCCAGCCGUACUCCGCGCGCUCCCGCCUCUCCGCCAUAGAGAUCGACAUUCCUGUCGUGACACACGCCUCCUAAGAAGACAGAGGCUCGGAAGCUGAGGUCUUGUGCUCGUUCAAACAGUGAAAAUUGCAGGCUUGGUUCUCUCUACUG